AUGGCGGAGAGGUCGGCUUUGGCUUCAUUUGGGGUUUGGCAUGGCUUCAAACUGAUGCGACGACGGCGGGGAAGCGACGACCCUCUUUCUCACCCCCUCCACCCCCGCCCCCCUCACGCCCCUGGGAGCAGUAUAUUCGCCCGGUUGGCGCACGGGUUUGACAUGUGUGUGUUUGACGAGGCGGCGCAGGCCAGUGAGAUGGCGGCCCUACCCCCUCUCACGCUGCGCUGCCAGCGCUGUGUGCUCGUGGGCGACCCCCAGCAGCUGCCCGCCACCGUCAUCAGCCGCCUCGCCUCCUCGCUGGACUACAGUCGCUCACUGCUGGAGCGCUUCCAGAGGGCGGGCUGUCCAACACUACUGCUGACGGAGCAGUACCGCAUGCACCCGGCCAUCCGCGCCUUCCCCAGCCGCUACUUCUACUCCGACCGCCUCACCGACGCGCCCGCCGUCACCGCGCUGCCCGACGAGCCAUACCACGCCGACGCGCUGCUGCGCCCGCUGCUCUUCUUUGACGUCAGCGCGGGCCGCGAGUCGCACGGCGAGCGGUCGGUGUCGUACCAGAACACCACCGAGGCCGCACUUGCUGUCGCUCUCUUCCAGGUGCGCCCACGCCUCCUUCUGCGCCCAGGGCUCCUGUCGCACCUCUGCCUGCCACUGCAAGUACACAGGUUUCACACAUCUCAAAUGAGCCAUUGUUUGGAUGCUCCUCACUGGCCUCCCACCCACCCAUCCGCCCUAAACCCCUGGCAGCGGCUGCAGGAGGUGAGUGCAGCAGCGGGUGCCACGGGACCGGUGCCGGUGGGGGUGGUGACGCCCUACCGCCAGCAGCUCAAGCUGCUGCGCCGCUCCUUCGACCACCUCGCCCGCUCCGCCCCCCCGCCCCCACUGCCGCUGCUUGCCGCCCCUGCCACUGCUGCGGUGCAAGCGGCAGGGAAUGUUGCUGUCAUCCAAGUGCAGCAGCACAAGCAGCAGCAGCAGCAGCAGCAGGGGCAGGGAGGGCCAGACCCAGGCAGUGCUGCGAGGCAGGAGUGGCAUCCCGCCCUCCUCGCCGCACCACCACCCCCUUGUGCGCCUGCUGCUGCCGCAGCCCCACGGGUGUCAGUGGCAGCGGUGGCAGCGGGCGGGGCGGCGCUGUACGUGAACACGGUGGAUGCCUUCCAGGGGCAGGAGCGCGAUGCCAUCAUCCUCUCCUGCGUGCGCGCCUCCACGCGCGGACUGGGCUUCGUGGCGGACGUGCGCCGCAUGAACGUCGCCAUCACGCGCGCCAAGCGCUCUCUCUGGGUCAGCCCACCUCUCAAUGAGCCACGCCUGCCAUUCUUCAUGUACCUCUGUGCCACAGUCAGGCACCAUCCCGCUCUCCCUGCUGCUGCCUCUUAUCCUGCCUAG